CCCUUAACAAAGCGAGGCCAGGGUGUUGGGGUGAGCUCAGGCGAAUCAAACAGCAAACACAAUUUCAGAGAGCCCCUUCUUUCACUCUUGUUACUAUGGCUUCCGACGACCCCAGAGCUUCAGACGCAGAAUCAGAGGCUCCUCCAUCCUCGUCUUGGAAGGACCGCAUCGUCGUCCCCACACUCGUUGCCGGAAUCGUUGGCGCCGGAGCUGGGUUGGUCUCCAAGCAUCGGAAAGUCGUCGGCCUCCCAACCAGCUCCGCCACUUACGCUGCUAAUUUCGCCAUUGUCACAGCUUGUUACUGCGGGGCGCGUGAGUAUGUAGGAAUAACUAGAAAAACAGGGCCUGAUGAUCUGCUCAACUCUGCAAUUGCCGGUUUUGGCAGUGGGGCUAUUCUUGGGCGGCUUUACGGUGGUCCAGUUGCUGCUGUCCGCUACUCAAUACUCUUUACUAUUGCUGGGACAACAUUGGACUAUGGUACAGUUAAACUACGACCUGUCUUGAAGAGCUACAAAGAAUCUAUGCUUGGGAGUAAUGAUGAUUCAAAGAAGAAUGAUGGCUGGCUGAAACUGCCUGACUGGUCCCCUAUCAAAGUACUUGAUGAAGAAGCCCUUGCUGCAAAGCAGGCUCGAGAAAAGCAGUUAUAUGCACAGAGGGGACUUGGGAACUUCACCAAAGAAGAGUCUUAAAGUUCUAUUUGGUGCAUAAAUUUUUGUAUAAUGUCAAUAAUAAUCUUUUGGUGUCUGCUUGUUAGCAUUUUUAGUUUCUCUUGUCUUUCUGUUCGUGUCACUGUUAAUCUCCCAUUUUGGGAAUGACUUUGCACUAUCUACUCCUAUGUACUGGUAAGGUAUUUUCAAACCAGCAAAAAGAUGGAUGCAGAGAUUUUUGGAUACAAAUUUACAAUCAAAAAUGAACUUUUUGGUUUCUGUU